AUGUCUGAAGAGCUGAUCCUUCAUCAUUAUGAAUCGUCUCCAUUCGGGGAGAAAAUUCGUUUAGCUUUAGGUUUAAAAAAUCUACACUGGCGCUCAGUCAUUAAUAGUGUAGUUCCUCCACGGCCUUUUCUCACACCCUUAACUGGUGGUUAUCGUCGUAUACCAGUACUUCAAAUUGGUGCUGAUAUCUAUUGUGACAAAUUGCCAAAAGAGUUCAUCGAUGAUCGGAAAAGAUUUGCACCGGGUUUUGAAUUAAAUAAGGAAACAAGCGGAGCAAAUCUUUCUUUACAUGUUCAACAUAUUAAUGCGCAUUUAGUCUGGUUAAUAGAUAUGCUAGCUGAUGGCCGUCCAUUCCUUCUAGGAGAACCAUCGGCACUUGAUGUUACAGCAUAUCAUACACUUUGGUUUGUUAAACGAAAUUGCGGUGAAGGAGCCAAAAUACUUCUUCCAAAUUUAUACCAACCAGGAGUGUUAUUUUCAUGGUUUGAACGCGUUGCUGCAUUUGGUCAUGGAACUAGAGAAACUUUAACACAAGAGCAGGCACUUGAAAUAGCUAAGCAAGCUACGCCUGUUGAGCCGAAUUACAUUUCACAGAACAUUGAUAAUGAAUGGGAGAUUGGUGAAAAGUUACGUGUUGUGCCUGAUGAUACAGGUCGCGUACCAGUUGAAGGAACAUUAGUAGCAGUCGAUCGUCAUGAGAUUGUUUUGCGAAUCUCAGAUGAGCAGACCGGCGAUAUUAAUGUUCAUUUUCCACGUGCUGGAUUCGAAGUUACACGGGCCUAG